AUGCUGCGCCCGGCCCUGCAGGGGGCGGUGGCCGUCCUUCUCAGCAUCCCGGUCAUGCUGAUCCUCAUAUUCGUAUGGCUGCCUAUCUCGCUGCCCCUUUGGCUGGCAGUCUGGUGGUCGACCCGAGCCCUGCCGUCCCGCGGCUCGCUGUCGGCGCCCAGCAGCGGCCACCCCAUGGAGACACGGCCCAGGGGUUGGCUUUUCUGCUACAUCACCUGCCUGGCACUGUCUUGGCACUACAGCAUCCGGUUGUGGGCGCUGGUGGCGCGGCCUCGCGUCGUCUUUGUGGUCUACCAUAACACCAUCCACACUCUGGCCAGCUUCUUCUGUCUCCACACUGGCAGGAUGAUGGCGCGCUGCGGCCUCAUCCCCGACCCGGUCGACCCCGCGCUCCCCUGGUUCCUCGGACUUGGCCUGAUCUCCUGCGGCCCCGACACUGGCCUCGGCCUCGUCGUCGGCCUCGACCCUGUCCUCGACACAACCUCCAAGGAGCAGCUCACGCAGCUCCCCGCGUGCGCCCAGCGCGCCUUCCCCUUUGCCAAGGCGAUCGCGAUGGCCGGGCGGCUGCCCGGCCUGGUGCAGGGCGCAACCGGCGCGGCGCUGCAGGCGCCGAUGGUGGACGGGCUGGCGGGCACGGUGUUUGCCAUGGAGGAGACUGUGCACGCGCUGCGCGCCCGCCUGCCCGAGGCCAAGCAGAAGUCUGCCACAGUGGCGAUCCUGGGCGGCGGCGGCUUCAUCGGUUCGCGUCUCGUGCGCGCCCUGGCCACGCCGCCGGCCGCCCCCAAGGCGGCCGCGGCCACGGCCACCGCGCAGCAGCCCGGCGCGGACGGCGUGGGCGCGCACGCGGAGAUUUUGAUCCCGAAUGACGUCAUCGGGUACGAACGCGUCAUCGCCCUGGACCUGCGGUACAAGGAGCGCGAGAUCAAGGACCGUAUCCUGUACACGUCUGACCCCGCGGACCUGUCCGCCGCCGACAUUGUGCUCGUCAUCACCGCGUCUGGGGAGGACGCGGCGCAGUACGUGGAGCACGCACGUGCCGGGCAGGAGUGGGGCGACGACACCCACCCCGAGAUGGGCCACAAAGUGCUGCGCGCCAUGGCCGCCAAGGGCGUGAACGUCCACAAAGCCAUGGCCGCGCGCAGCGCCAUGACGCGAUUCCUGCCUCCGCUGCCUGGCUGGCCGGUCGGCGGCACGCCGGGCUGCCUGCUCAUGGCCCUGGUCACCGCCGAGACGGGCCGCAUGUGGAACGGCUGCGGCGCGGCGGCGGAGGGCUGCAGGGGCAAGGCCGCCGCGGGCGCGGAGGAGGCGCUGCCAUACUCGGAGUUCCAGGCCGCCGCAAAGAGCCUCGGCUUCAAGGCGAUGCUCGUACCGCACAAGCCCUACCUGGCAUGA